GUGUGUUGGACUUCAACAGAACGACGGAACCUUUGUCACCUCCUUCAACACCAUCAUCCUCCUCCUCCUCUCCCAGACCCUCGACCACCAGCCCCCCUUCAGACUCUGGUUACCAUGUUAACAGUGGUGUAGCAGGUUUGGCUGAGGACUUGGAUUCUGGAGCUCAGGGGAUCCACCUCCUCCUGAGACCCCCAGACCUCCUUUCCCCGAGCCUCCCUCCGCCCCUCCCACCACACACUCAGCCCACACUCACGCCUCCUCCCCCCUGGGAGCAGGGCCCCUCCCUGGAGGAGGCCUGGGGCUCCGGAGACUACCUGGAGACUCUGUCUUUCAUUGUGCCUGAUGGUGAGGAACUGGCACUGGCAACGUCUCUACCCAGCCACCCCUAUGAAGACAACACAGGUGAGGACUGGGUCUCCUAUGACACUGCCUUCCCUGCCCGUCCCAGCCUGUCACCCUCCUCCCCCCUCCCCCCCUCCCCCUCCACCUCCACCUCCAGCAUUCCGCUUCACAACCGCCCCACCCACCCAGACGUUUUCCCCACCUGGGAUGAAGACUACGACCUCGAGGACAUGACGCCACUGGAGCCGACGGAGCUGCUGCUUCCGGACAUGAACAGUCUGGAGUACUACACCAACCUGCUAGCGAGAGAAAGAGAGAAAGAGAGAGAAAAAGAAAAACAAAGAGAGAAAGGGAGAGAGAGGGAGAGAGACCAGGAGCAGGUAAACCGGACCUACUCCAAAACUUCCAUCUCUCCUACAACCACACAACCUCACACUCCGUCUCCAAGCUACGCCUCUCCUCCAGGACAGGGCCCUAAUCAUCCUCAGCCUGGGCCAACCCCCCCCCUCACCCUCUCACCGACACUCACAGUAGAGAAGAAACCAGCUGUUCCGUCGAUGACCCCCAAAACACCCUCUACCCCUUUCCCCCCAAAACCUAUAGACCACAUUCAGGGUCAAUACCCUCCCCGUCCCCCCUCUAACACCACCAGUCGGGUGCCUCCCCCUCCCCCACUGGGUCCGCCCACCCGCCCCGAUAGACCCGAGCACCCACCGGUGGUCACAGAGACGCCGGUGAAGGAUCCACCUACCAAGACCACCAAGGCGAGUACCACCUCCAUCAUCACCACCACUCAGAUCACUGCCAUCAGCCUGACCAGACCUCCCCCUGUUACCACACCGAGGGUGGCCCAGCCCCUGCCCACCAGACAGUACCUGUGCAACGUUACUAAACCAGAGAUGUACCUGGUCAGAGUAGUCAGUUCCAGAGGGUCGUCGGCUGGUUUCAGUCAUGUCCGAGAUCUUCUGAGGAGAGAGUUCAAUCGCUCAGUGGAGCUGCAGUUCCUGAGAACGCCGUCCAGCUUCGCCUUUCGUGUAGUAUCAGGACCGUUGAUCUUCACUGCCAUGGCCGUCAUCAAUGCCCUGCGCCAACCGCCACGCUCCUUUGGCCCCAUUCCCACUGUGUCACCACUCUACACCAUACCCGACAUCAGGUAUCAGAUCCACUCUGUGCUGCAGUUUGUCCCCGCCCAUGUCGACGUCCGAUUCUGUAACUUCAGUGAACGUGUGGAGAGAGGGCUGAUGAUGGCGUACGCUGAGACACGAAGACGGUCAAAUGAGGCGGGAACCGUUACUGUACAGCUGUUGAACGUCACCAUGAGCAUGCCCUGGCCUUCAGUCAAGCAGACGGUUCCUGUCGAUGUCACAUUUGCAGUGCGUGAUGGAUGGGGCUACCUUCUGGGGUCAGAGGUCAGCGAACACCUGAGGAAGCUCAGCCUGGUUGAGUUCAGCUUCUACGUCGGAUUUCCUGCUCUGCAGAUCGCAGAACCGUUUCACUACCCUGAGCUGAACACGUCUCAUCACCUACGCUUCACCUGGGUCCGAACAGUACUACUGGGUGUCCAGGAGCAGCAGGUGACGGAGAGAAGUUUUAAAGCUCGUCUGGAGCGACGUCUGGCUCAGCUGCUGGAGGAGGGACUGCAGGAAUCCAGCCGGAGGCGCUUGAGGAGAGCCACAGCUGUGGGCAACAACAGUCUUCAGGUGGUGCGUAUGGCGAGGCUGUCAGGCUCAGAGCGCCCCCUGGAGGUGUUGUUUUUUGUGGAGGGUCAGAACCGUGAACGAAUCCCUGCAGAGAAGACUGCAGCCAUCUUGAACCACCUCGACCUUCAGAGGGCUGCCAUCGUCCUCGGACAUCGAGUCCAGAGACCACUGGCCCAACCUGUGGAGACCCUGUCCAUCCCUCCAGCAGAGACUCAGAGCAGCAGUAUCUUGCUGAUUGUGGGCGUGGUCGUCCCUGUGCUGCUCGCUGUUUUCAUCAUCAUCCUCCUCUACUGGAAACUGUGUGGCUCAGAGAAACUCGAGUUCCAGCCGGACGCCAUCAACACAAUCCAGCAGAGGCAGAAGCUUCAGGCUCCCAGCGUCAAAGGCUUUGACUUCGCCAAACUCCACCUGGGUCAGCACAGUAAAGACGACAUCAUGGUGAUCCAGGAGCCUGGCCCACUGCCCGCCCCUGUCAAAGAGGCUACGCCCCCUGAUGGCGGAGAUCUCAACACCCCCAAAUCUAAAGGAUCGUCCACUAAGGCAGGACGGUCAGGCCAUCGCAGAGGAAGACUCAGCCCGUCAGACGGGGACUCUUUAGGCAGCGAACAAUCCAGCGGCAGAGAGUCAGCAGAGGAGAGCACCAGACCUGUGGCCACGCCCAGUGAGGGGAAACAGCACAGGAAGACACCCAAAAAUGGACGGAGCAAGAUCGCAGUUCCUUCAGGCAGCGGUCCAGACGAGCCUCUGUCGUCAUCCUCCAUUUUUGACCACGUAGACCGUCUUUCUCGAGGCUCGUCUGAUGGCACUCGUCGACAGGCCAACAAGGUGCAGCUGAUCGCCAUGCAGCCUCGACCGAGCCUCCCACCGACGCAUGCCCAGCCCCAUCCAAGCCCAACGCUUACAGAGAAGGUCAACACAGAGGUGGCGCUGAGACACAAGUCAGAGAUCGAACAUCACAGGAACAAACUCCGGCAGCGCGCUAAGAGGCGGGGUCAGUGCGAGUUUCCCUCCAUGGACGACAUAAUGGAUGCCUUCGGAGACGGGCCGGUGCAGAGUGAAGUUGCACAGCGUCUCUACAGUUCCGCCCACGACCACAUGGAUUGUAUUCUGCAGGCCGACGCCCCCUCACCCCCCACAGACUCCAGGAAAAGGGGGAGGCGCUCUCCUCGGGGUCGUCGUGCUCAACCAGGACCUGGAAGUCUUCCUGAUACCGACAGAGACCGGCUUCUUACUGAUCAGAGCGCCACUUACAGGAAAUACCCAGGACUCAACAACGUGGCCUACAUG